GGCGGUGGAAUCGCGACACUGGGCCUGGCUGGGCGGAGCCGAGCUCGGGAACUACCCGCGCCGGAACCGGAGUCCGAACCCGAGCCACGGUACCGCCGCCAUGCGCUGGGUCCGCGCGCUGCUGAAGAAUGCGUCCCUGGCAGGGGCGCCCAAGUACAUCGAGCACUUCAGCAAGUUCUCCCCGUCCCCGCUGUCCAUGAAGCAGUUUCUAGACUUCGGGUCCAGCAAUGCCUGUGAGAAAACCUCGUUCACCUUCCUCAGGCAGGAGCUGCCUGUGCGCCUGGCCAACAUCAUGAAAGAGAUCAACCUGCUUCCCGACCGGGUGCUGAGCACACCCUCAGUGCAGCUGGUACAGAGCUGGUAUGUCCAGAGUCUCCUAGACAUCAUGGUGUUCCUGGACAAGGACCCCGAAGACCAACGUACCCUGAGCCAGUUCACUGAGGCCCUGGUCACCAUUCGGAACCGCCACAACGACGUGGUGCCCACCAUGGCGCAGGGCGUGCUCGAGUACAAGGACGCCUAUGGCGACGACCCCGUGUCCAACCAGAACAUCCAGUACUUCCUGGACCGCUUCUACCUCAGCCGCAUCUCCAUCCGCAUGCUCAUCAACCAGCACACCCUGAUCUUUGACGGCAGCACCAACCCAGCCCACCCCAAACACAUUGGCAGCAUUGACCCGAACUGCAGUGUCUCCGACGUGGUGAAAGAUGCCUAUGACAUGGCCAAGCUCCUGUGUGACAAGUAUUACAUGGCCUCACCUGACCUGGAGAUCCAGGAAAUCAGUGCAGCGUCCGACUCCACACAGCCAAUUCACAUGGUUUAUGUCCCCUCUCACCUCUACCACAUGCUUUUUGAACUCUUCAAGAAUGCCAUGCGAGCAACUGUGGAGAGCCAUGAGUCCAGCCUCAUUCUCCCCCCUAUCAAGGUCAUGGUGGCCUUGGGCGAGGAAGAUCUGUCCAUCAAAAUGAGUGACCGAGGCGGGGGUGUCCCCUUGAGGAAGAUUGAGCGACUAUUCAGCUACAUGUACUCCACAGCACCUACCCCACAGCCUGGCACCGGGGGAACCCCGUUGGCUGGCUUCGGGUAUGGGCUUCCCAUUUCCCGCCUCUAUGCCAAGUACUUCCAGGGGGACCUACAGCUCUUCUCCAUGGAGGGCUUUGGGACUGACGCUGUCAUCUAUCUCAAGGCCCUGUCCACGGACUCAGUGGAGCGCCUGCCCGUCUACAACAAGUCAGCCUGGCGCCACUACCAGACCAUCCAGGAGGCCGGCGACUGGUGUGUGCCCAGCACGGAGCCCAAGAACACGUCCACGUAUCGUGUCAGCUAGGGGCCACCACACUCAUCUGCACCCGGGAGGACGGACUGCUGUCCCUGGGACCGGCCACCAUGGUGACCCUCCCCAUCCUCCCCAGGCGGGGGAGGCUCUCCCUGAUGACCAGCUUCUGUCUCUGGAAAUCACUGCAGUGACCAGUUUGCGGUGGCCCCUAAGUGCCGAUCUCUGUCUCCUUGGACCACCUUAGGUGGUCUGUCCCGUGUCCAAUCUCUGGGGGCGAUCUCUGAGUAUCGGGGGAUGUCUCCGCCCUGUUGGGGUGUCGCAGAGAUACGUUUCCAUAGCACUCCUUUUUGAGACCAGAGCUGCCGCUUUUCGGCCAGGGGUCCUGGGUGCCCCUCACUGCCCUGCACAGCUUGGCCUUCCACACGACAUCCCUGCUUGCCUUAGUCCCUUAGCCCACCCAGGCACCCAGCCCUGGUCCCAUGUCAGUGUUAGAAAGGGACUGGGUGCCCGCCAGAUCUGGGUGGUGGGUAGGGAAAGGGGUUGUACCCUUGGACCCCUGAUUGGGGACCUGGUCCUGCAGCCUCUCCCACCACUCUGAGCUUCAUUCAGGUCAAGGUUGGGAGAGAAGGAGUUUUUCCCUGGAGCUCACCCCUAAAGCGGAGGAACCUGGGAGGACCCUGAGGUCAGCGCCCAGCCAGGUUGCUGGAAACCCCGCAGGUGGCCCCAGCAAUGUUUCUGCCGCCUCCCAAACCCUUCCGCGCAUGUCCCAACAUGCACAUCCCCACCUGCCAGCCUCACACCUACACCACCUGCCUGAGCUCCAGACCCCAA